AUGACCAAACCUACUCCUCGGCCAGAUGAUGGAUAUUCCCUAUAUGUGUCCGACCCCACCCCAUCAUUCCCGCUCGAGCGUAUCAGAAAACAAGACGAAGAAAUCCAAAUACCACCCACCUCCCCAACACCACGCCGAUCCCGCCCCGACCUUACCCUGAAAAUCCUCUCAAUCCGCCUUGCAAUCCUCAUAGGCUGUGCCAUCACCGGAGGAAGCACAUACGCACUCGCCCGUGACGUCCAACGCAGCAUCGAAACCUCUCGUGGUGCUAUGAAUUCUAGAGAUUACAAGCACUGGAUGCAUAUAGCCCGAACCACUGUCUACGAUGCCUGCUACCACGGCUGUAGAAACUGUAAUAACCCCAACUACGCCUACGACGCCUGUGCCAGGACUGCAGAGGUCAACGUCACGGGGGUCAUAUGCGACGGAAACGUGAUGUGGAAUUGGAAGGAUAGAUACCCGGCAGCGUGCCUAAAGGCUGUGGGGGAAAUCUGCAAGAAAGACAUGUUCAGAAGCGCUAGACGCGAUCAUUUGAAAAAGUUUGCCUAUAUAGUCCUCACCGUCCUCGCUGACGUCGUUUUUGGAUUCCUCACAUACGGUAUAUUCUGGUGUUGGAUCGGCCAAUACAGAAAGCACAGAGCGGUAAAGGCGCGCCAGAGAAGCGCUGUUUGGCCGAGAGAGAAUGGAUAUGGAUAUGAUCAGCCCCCUCCACCGCCAUCAACAAUGUGGGAAAGCGGGACUGAAAAGACACCCACGCCAUCGAAAACGGGGGUAGCGCCGCCCCUGAAGGCGUCGAAGAAGACGACGGGGCGGCGCAGUCUCAGUUGGGGACAGUUAUCGAUCGCGGCGCUCGCGACGCUGCCAGGAAAGACUGCUGCGUAUCCCUGCACGGGCUACGACGAUGUCGCUAACCAGUACUUUGUCGAUGCUAACCAGAGUACCUUUGGUGUAGUGAGUGGCUGGAUGUCGAAUUGCUACAAGUACAGACGCCGUAGUGGCAAGCACUGGCCCACUCACACUAGGAGAAAUGUGGCUCCGCUAGACUAUGUCAAUGAAAUUCUACCGAGUGUUGUGGGAUGCGGGUUUGAACUGGUUGAGGCGGUGGAGGGGGACACGAAUUUGAGGAUUGCGAAUCCGUUGAUUGAGAAGGAGUGGAGGGUUAUGAUUAGGGUGAAUGGGUAUAACCUAACUUCGAGCACGGAAACGGACCAGUCGAUUCAGUGUUUACAUGAUAUCAGUAAGAGCAAGUAA